AUGUACGGACGCGCUCGCGCUCGCACUGGGCACCGGCACGCCGCUGGCUGCAGGGUUUCCAGCGGUGGAGUGCGAGUGCUCCGGGUGGUGUCCCCCUAUGAGGCAAGGGUUGGCAGCACAGGGUCGCCGGCCCGCACGGUGUACUUUGCAGCCUGCGCCGCCUGCAGUCGUCCUCCGUACGACGCCGAGCAGACACUGAUGCUGCCGUCGAGCUUUCGCAUGAAGGGGGCGUCCAAGCUACAAACACUGGAGCAGCUUCACAAGAAGUCCGGACAGCGACAACAUGCCGCAUCUACCGCCCUCGUCCAAUGGCGCGCAUGCGCUACCCAAAUCGGGUAUUUGUACUCUGGCCUCGAGACUCGUAGCGAAUACCUCUCAUCUGCGGCGUCUGGCGGCAGAAGCAGGAGCCAGGGUGCUCGUAGCGAGGUAGUUGUACCUGCUCCGUGCUGCAGCUUCAGACAGCGGUACCUUGACCGGCUCAGCCGACCGCCUGCUGGGUCGAGGAUCGCGACUGGCUGUGACAGAGGAAACGUACACAAGUACUGCUAG